GCUGGAAGCAUCUGCCGCGCCUGAGACCCCGCUGGCCAGGCCCUGAGACCCCGCUGGCCAGGCCCUGACCUGCUCCGGAGGCGUCAGCGCCACCGGGACCCUCCCUACGGUGCCUCGGCCAGCACCCCGCAUGGGGCAGUGCUGGACGGAGAAGUGAGCCUGGUCGCCUGCCCCGGCCCCGCAGCAUGCAGCCCCAGGAGAGUGGCGUCCACUACAGCAGGUGGGAGGACAGCAGCCGGGACGAAGUCAGCAUGGCGGCCACGUCCGGCACGGAGGAGGCCUCGUGUUGUGACAGGACCUCCCGGAAGCUGUGCACGGGCAAGCUGGGGGUGGCCGUGAAGGUGCUGGGCGGAGUGGCCCUCUUCUGGGUCGUCUUCAUCCUGGGCUACGUCACUGGCUACUACGUGCACAAGUGCAAAUAAACACCGCCUGUCACCCACA